GGUCUUGUUAUUGUCGGGGCUGCAUCCCGCGGCGUGAUACUGGCGCUCAGCGGAGGGUGAGACGGCUCCGCGACUCACUGACGCCAGGCCGAGCAGACCCAAGACAGGCAGAGAGUGCAGCACACAGAGGGAGAGACAUACAGAGAGGAAGCGAGAGAGAGAGAGAGAGAGAGAAAGCAGAAGAGAAAGAAAAGUAAGUGGCUGUGAAGAGGACCUGAUCUUACGUCUUGGAAGCUGAGGAUUAUCUGAAACUCCAAAAGGACAAACACUCAUAGCGUUUCACCCUUUCUCUUCUAAGACUGGACUGUCCACCUCCACUGCUUACACUUCCUUUGGACAGAAAGGAGAGGGGAGGAGGGCGGCUCGUCCAACAUGAACGUCACCUCGCUCUUCUCCUUCACCAGCCCAGCUGUCAAACGGCUGCUGGGUUGGAAGCAGGGAGACGAGGAAGAGAAAUGGGCGGAAAAGGCGGUGGAUGCUCUGGUAAAGAAACUGAAAAAGAAGAAGGGAGCCAUGGAGGAGCUGGAGAGGGCUCUCAGCUGCCCGGGUCAGCCCAGUAGCUGUGUGACAAUCCCCCGCUCCCUGGAUGGACGGCUGCAGGUGUCCCAUAGGAAAGGUCUGCCGCAUGUCAUUUAUUGCCGGGUGUGGCGCUGGCCCGACCUGCAGUCCCAUCAUGAGCUGAAGGCCCUGGAGUGCUGCGAGUACCCCUUUGGCUCCAAACAGAAGGAUGUGUGUAUCAACCCCUACCACUACAAACGAGUGGACAGUCCAGUGCUGCCCCCUGUGUUGGUACCGAGGAACAGCGAGUUCAACGCCAAGCAUACAAUGUUGCCUCGCUUCCGCAACCCUCUGCAACAGAAUGAGCCGCACAUGCCGCAGAAUGCCACCUUCCCAGAAUCCUUUGCUCAGGCCAAUACCAUGCCUUUCCCCAGUUCGCCGGGAAACAGUUACCCAAACUCGCCGGGAAGCGGCAGCAGCGCCACCUUCCCUCAUUCACCAUCCAGCUCUGACCCCGGAAGUCCAUUCCAGAUGCCAGAGACUCCCCCUCCUGCCUACAUGCCCCCAGAGGAGCAGAUGACUCAGGAUUGCCCCCAGCCAAUGGACACCAACCUCAUGGCUCCACCCUUGCCUCUAGAGAGUAACAACCGGGCAGAUGUGCAGCCCGUGGCCUAUGAAGAACCCAAACACUGGUGCUCAAUCGUUUACUACGAGCUCAACAAUCGUGUCGGAGAGGCAUUCCAGGCAUCCUCCACCAGCGUGCUUGUCGAUGGCUUCACAGAUCCCUCCAACAACCGCAACCGAUUCUGCCUUGGCCUGCUUUCCAACGUCAACCGCAACUCCACCAUUGAGAACACCCGGCGGCACAUCGGCAAAGGUGUCCAUCUGUAUUAUGUUGGUGGGGAGGUGUACGCAGAAUGUCUGAGUGAUAGCAGUAUCUUCGUCCAGAGUCGUAACUGUAACUACCACCACGGCUUCCAUCCCACAACUGUGUGUAAGAUUCCCAGCGGCUGCAGCCUGAAGAUUUUCAACAACCAGGAAUUUGCCGAGCUGCUGGCACAGUCCGUCAACCACGGCUUCGAGGCCGUCUAUGAGCUCACCAAGAUGUGUACAAUCCGCAUGAGCUUUGUUAAGGGCUGGGGAGCAGAGUACCACCGCCAGGAUGUGACCAGCACGCCCUGCUGGAUUGAGAUUCACCUGCAUGGUCCCCUGCAGUGGUUGGAUAAGGUGCUAACCCAAAUGGGCUCCCCCCACAACCCUAUAUCCUCUGUCUCCUAGGCUUCACUGUCCUCAGCUCUGUGGUUGUCCAUACCCAAGCAUUUUGGUCUAAGUAGCAAGAAUAGGGUCACAGGUUGGCUUGUGGUUCAGCCAAUCUGCCUUUUUCGAUAACUGAUAGAGGUUUUGACUGAAACACAAGCUGAUCUGGGACCAGUAGGGCUGGGCGGGUUGUUAAAUUGUGUUGAUUUGUUCUCUACUUGAAGGAUGUCUGAAUUGGGCACAUUUACAGUCUGGGAGAGGAGUAAGCAAAGUGAGCGUGAUGCAACUGGAAGAUACUUGAUCUUUGUGACCAACUGUAAUAAUUAGACCAUCACACUCAUCAUGACGCAAGUAUCCUCCCUGAUCUUGCUCCCGCAACGUCUCUUUUUCAUCGUUCUAUUAUUCUGACUCAUUACUAGUUUGCAUCUAAAUAUUCCCUCUGAAAUCCAGAUAUAUACGUGUGUAGUUAAUUAUGGGACAUUCCAGGUCACCAAAAUUGCAGUCGGCUGCUGUCUACUGCCUGACCGCAAUGAGGUUGGCAUGAAAUGUACUUAUGAAAUGUAAAAAGUUAGCAGGAACUUGGAGGUUGACCAAUAUGACUGAAAUUAUUUUAAUCAUCUCCAGAUACUUAAACUAGUAUGCCGUUUACUCAGUGUUCUUUUUUAGGCUAAUAAAUUAAAGCAGUACAAAGUUAUUAUAAAACUGAAACCCCAUAUCACAGAUCAUGAAAAAUAAUAGGAGGGCAAAAUUAGGGGGAGUUUAAGAGUUUAGAGUGGGGUUUAGUGUGGGGCAUGGCACUAAAAGGGCAUUUCAGACUAUUCAGAAAAAAAAGACUAAUGUUUAAAUGUUGCUCAUCUUGUGUUACACUCGUGUUACAAAUGAAUUUUAAGAAAAAAAAAGAAUAGUGUUUAGAUAUAUUCACUAUUAGAAUAUGUGCUGUGCAGUCUGGUUUUUGAAAAGCAUAGCUUGGUUAGUGUGGUGUUACACAUUUAAGACUGGUAGCUGAACACCACAUGAAGCAGAGGCAAAUACAAGUGCAGUUUAGUUUGUCCUUUGUUGUAUAAUCUGCAGCAAAAUCAAAUGUGUCAAAUACAGAGUCACAUUGAGGACAUAAAUAUUUCAGUGACUGUGCUUCAUUCUCUUAUUACAUCGACUGAGCAAAAAGGACUGUUAUGGGAAAGUAUGUUGAGCAUUCAAAUUUUAAUUGUUGACUGAGAAAAGGGUAUCAAUUACUGAUGUCCCGAUAUGAUUUUUUUUAUAUAUAUAAAAUGCAGAUUUUGCCAUUCAAUUCUUUUAUGCUUUGAGCAAUCCUCUUUGCUAUUAAACUGUAUUACUCUUUACAUUCUUUUUGUAUUUUUGAACAUGUUUUCUGUUUUGUUUGUCUGCACUUUCACACAUUGCCUCUUUGUUUUGUUUUUUCUCCUUUGUGUUUUUGCUCAGUAAAACUCCCAGAAAAGCAGUUUUAUUCCAUGAAUAUCAAGCCUCUACUGGAAGAUUCAAUAAAUUUGUUUCAUUA